AUGCCAGAAGACAUGAAGUCGCUGCCAUACUUAAGUAGAAUAGACUUAUCGGGCAACCAAAUAUCAUCUUUGAGACUUAACAAAUCAAUAAGCUCUGCGAAUAAGUUACACGUGUGGCUAAAGGCAAACGUAAUUAUUAAAAUCACGCGAGAAGAUAUGAGGGCAUACAGUCACGUGCAUGGGCUGUCACUAGACAUUCAAAGGAAUAAACUUACUCACGUGGAAACUGACGCUUUUGCUGACUUUAAAUAUAUCUCUGGCUUAGUCUUUUCCGGUAACCCAAUUUGCAAGUCUAGCAGUCAAGACUUAAAAUGUAUAGGGCUUCAAAACCUCACCAAAAGCUUGCAAUUCGUGUCAGUCAGUUCUUUGCAUCUCGAUAAAAUCGGAUUAAAUGUCGACAAUUUAACCGGUGACUAUUUUGUCCAUUUGAGUAAUUCUAACGUCACAGAGCUUAGUCUGAACGGAAACCCAAUGACCGUAGUUCACCACACAGCCUUUGUGCCACUUAAACAUCUCAGAACAUUAAAUCUCGGCAAUUGUGACAUAGAGACAUUUCAACUGGUAAAUCUUUGCCGACUUCAGACAUUAAAUCUUUCCAAUAACAAACUGCGAAGCUUUGGAGAAGUAUUGUCAGAAAUUCUAGUAAAAUGCUCAAAACUGAGUCAGCUGGAUUUGUCGUCUACAUUUAAAGUAACAGGCGACGAGGAGUGUGUUAUCAAGAACCAUGGUUCCCUACGGUCGUUGACUUUGUCUGGAAACUCCCUGUGUAAAAGUAUCGUCCUGAGGAACUUGGUAUCCCUACAGACUGUGAAAAUGUCAGAUGUUACCGGAAAGAAGAGCUUCAACAUGGCUAAACAUCUUCAGAUGAGCAUGUUGCCAAGUUUGACAAAAAUUUGUUUUCAGAAUAACAGAGCUUAUCUCUCAGAAAAAGCGGACAUCUUUAAGAAUGUCCCGACACUUACAGAGUUAUACCUCGACAACAACCAGUUUUACAGAAUAUUACCCCUGGAUCCUGAUAUUUUGAAGGAUCUCUUUAGGCCCUUACGACAGUUACGUAACUUAUCCCUGACUGCAAACAAACUGACAGAAUUGCCGCUUGGAAUGUUUGACGGAUUGGCGAAUCUUACCACACUUCACUUGUACACCAACAGCCUUCGAUCGCUUCCCGUGGAGAUUUUUCGUCACCAAAGGCACAUGACCGACCUUCAUUUGGACCACAAUUCGAUUUUUACGUUAAGUGGACACAUGUUUGCAAACCUUACCGCUUUGAAAAACUUUAAUUAUGCGAGGAACAAGAUCAUUUGUGAUUGUAACAUUAGGUCAUUUCAGUCUUGGCUUGCCACCACAUCAGUCAAUGUACAGGGUCCCAGGGAACUUUGCUUUGGACCCGAAUGGGCACAAAAGACGCCAAUUAAAGAGUUUCGUCCUUCAUGGUUCGCUUGCGAUGACCACAGUGUGUAUUUGGCCGCCAUAUCGGGAGGAUGCGUGUUUUUUUGUAAUUUUUCUCUCUGCUGUCCUCUAUAG